AUGACACCACGGUCUUUGGCUCAUCAACUUGUAUUGAACGCUUCAGUAAAGCGAACACCUGGUAGACCAGCUCGAAAAUACCAAGAUCAGUCCUCAGGAACUCCCACAAAAGUCCCAAAGCGUCAGCUUGGUCAGGAUGUCAGUUUAGGUACCGCUAAACCUUCAAAAAAGAGUGGCAACAUUAACGACCCUUUUACAGAGCAAGAUACCUGUGAUGUCCUGGAAGCCUUUCACAACUUCCCUUUUCAGGGCUCUGAGGCUCACCAGCUUGAGCAAGAACAGCUGAAAAAACAACAAGCAAUUGACAACGAUUACUUUGACAAUGGUCGUGAUGUCCUUGAACAAUUUCAGGACUUUGAGUUUAUCUCUGACCAACUGGAUAUGGAAGUAGAUCCAGCAGUGGAGAAAGGCCGAGAUGGACAGCCAGAGAAGAUCAAAGAUAAAGAGAAGGAAGAGGAAAGGGAAGGGAAAGAGGGAGAGGGAGAAGCAAGGGGGGCAGGAUAUGCGAAGAACACUGCGAAUCAAGGCUAUGUGACAAGCCUGUCUACCCUUUCGCAUCCUCCAACCACGCAAAAGGUUGAUUAUACCUCAAUUCGCGAGCAAGCUUUGAGGAAUCGAACUAUCAUUGAACUCGAAAGUACUCAGAUUCCACCAUCACUCCAGGAGCAGCAGCCAUCCACUUUCAACACUGUACGCACAAAAGCCAGCCUCGGUCCUGGCAUCACUGCAGUGAAGAACUUCUGUGUGCUUUCUGCGAAUGAUAUUGGUCAGGAUGAGCGUUACGAGGAGAUUGAGGUAGCUUUUCACCUUAUUCCUAAGGCUUUUGACAUGAUGACACAGGACUACCUCCUCAGAUCACAAAGAGUAUCAAACCAUGUCAAGGUGGAGUGGUUAGAUCCUCCAGGACUUCACCCAAGUGACAUUCGCGGACGUCACGCAGUCUUCCAUGUCUCAGAUGAGGCCUUCGCAAAAGGUCCUGAUAAGUUGGUAUGGCGCUCGAGGUUCAAUUGCAGUGGUAGCUGCCAGCAAGUUCAAGCCCUACCUACCUCACUUCCAGUACAACAACGUCCAAAGAGGAAUUUACGAAAACGACAGAGGACAGAGGAAAGGAGUGAGGGGCAUGAGGGCAGUGAGGGGAGUGAGGCAAGAAAUAGAAACGAAGGGACAGAGGGGGAUGAGUGGGCUGAGGAGGAUCAGGGGAGUCUCCAAGGCAAAGAGGAUCCUGUAGAGACAAAAAGGACCACAAUUCGCAAACGCAGAUGUCCACUGUGUGUUGAAGUGCGAAUGACUCCUAGAAGCAUUCGCAGAGGAUAUUGCACAAUUAUCCAGCCGUUACCUUCCUACCAUGGGGAUCCAAAACCUCUGAGCCUUCUACGGAUAUCCUACCACAUGCGAAAUAUCCUUCAUGACGCUGCGACACUGGUAGGAACAACUGAAAGUCGUCUAAAGCUUCGAUGGUUCACCAGUAUCUCCAAGCUCCAUCCUUAUGCAACUUGGUUGUCCGACAAUUGUCCUCAUAGGAUGCCCAAAGAGAGUGACUUUGCAACCGCCAUACGAACAGCAUUGAGGCAAGACAGACUGGACACUUUACCAUUGGCGGCUAUUCAAGUCCUCCACUCAGCAAAUCCAUCAACAUUCCUCAGUUGUGAAAUCCCUCACAAUCUUGUCCUUGGAGGAACUGAAGAGUUUCCCACCAAUGCCACUUUCCAAUGUGUGAUUAGCCCCAAACACGCUCUUCAAACUGCCAUUCGCCAUGCUCGUGAAAGGGGAUUAGCCAUGGACUCUUCUUGGAGGAACAAAAACGCAAUUCGGUGUCCAGUCACCUUCCUCACCACUGUCAAUGAGCACAAUCACAUGGUGCCAAUGGCUGUAAUGCUCUCAAAUCAUGCCACCACCGCGUCCUACACCCAUCUCCUCUCUGUCUUUCGAAACGCUGUGGAAGAGGAAGCAAAAGCUCUUGCGAAUGGUACCUCAGAGGUCAUCAGCGAAUUUGAAGACAAGGAGAUUAUUCUCAAUAAUGCCAUCCUCAUUACUGAGGAUGGCUUCUGGCCCCUCAUGGUCAUGAUUGAUUGUGAUGCCGCGGAGCGAAAUGCAGCCCACACAGUUUUCCCAGGAACUCCUGUUGGUCGCGAGAAGACAUCUAGGUUCCUCUCCGCCCUUCGAAAGUGUCAGAGGUGUGAUGUGGAAGAGGAGUGGGAGGAAGUGUAUGAAGAGUUUGAGGCAGAUGUACUGGAGUUGUUGGACGGGGACGAAGAACAUUGGGAGACCAUUCGCAGAUGGUUAAAUACUCAAUGGUUCAGCGAAAGCUGGCGCAAAUGUCUCAUGGAUUAUGGUCUUCCUCGCGAACACACAAGAGAUGGGCCGCUUUCUACCAACAACUUUGUUGAGGCGGCAUUCAGGACUUUCGACAGAGUUUUCCUACAAGCCCGAGCCAAUAAGCGAAUCGAUAAACUCCUUGCCGUUAUUGUCAACAUCUACUUUCCAAUGUAUCUCUAUUCCCCCCCAACUUCUGGUCGAUGUGAUCCCGACAUAACACAAGAGAUCCAGAAGGGUCUUGAGAUCUGGCAGCUGGGUCAGCUCAAGCGUUGUGAUCCGGAAGAAAUACCCAGCCGCUUGGAACCUUUGAAAGAAACCUUCACCAUUGAGUCCGGCCUGCGAAAGCAAAACGCGCAUUACUGUGGAAUAAAGAAAUCCAGUGCUCGCGAAUACUGCUCCUACUGCAGCAUAUGUAACAGCUUUGCGAUUGGGGCUAGGGGAAGGGGUGGGGAAUAA